AUGCCGCUGGUCACGGAUCUCCUGGAGGAUUUGGACAAGUACCGGUGGUACUGUUCUCUAGAUAUGGCCAGCGGGUUUUGGGUAGUGCCUAUGACGGACCGAGCCCCGGGGUCCGUUUUGGGUCGCCGGUCGUACAUCGAUGAUAUCCUGAUCGGGGGUACGACGUGGGACGACCUUUGCCAGAAGGUGGAACGCCUCUUGGAACUCUGUGAAGAAUGGAAUUUAUCGAUUAGUGUGGAGAAGAGCGAAUGGGGGAUGUCGAAAGUGGAUUACCUGGGACAUGAAGUGUCGGAAGAUGGACUCGGGGCGAAGCCGAAGAACUUAGAAACCCUUGCGACGUUGGAAUUCCGCUCGUUUUUGGGUAGCCUUAACUACUACCACCGUUUCAUCCCGGAUUUCGCGAUUUACGCGGCCGCGCUCUACUCCCUCUCCGCCCGUGAUUUUGAAGAACGCGUCUGGAGUCCUGAGACGCGCGAUCUAGAUAAGUGGGGUUCGACACGCUCCCAAGAUCGCGACUACACCUAUGUUGAGCCGGUGGUGAUCGUGUACGCGAGUGACUGGGCAGUGUCAGCCGUCCUGGCUCAAGACCACGAUGGAGUAUAUCUGCCGGUCAAAUUCACUAGUCGGACGUUGAAGCCCAACGAGUUGAAUUACAGCAUCGCGGAGAAAGAAAUCCUGGCACUAUUACGCGUCCUGAAUGAAUGUCACAACAUGCUGGCGGGGAGGACGAUCCGUGUCCUAACCCGACACACGACUCUCGGGUGGCUCUUUCGCUCCAAAGGGACGACUUUCGCAAUGGGCAGUUCACCGUGGAGGCUGGCGAUUCUCCGGUCCGUAAAGGGAGAGGAAGAAAUCCUAGGUGCGUUGGCCGCGAGCAUCACACCGAGAGCUUACGUCGACGCCGCGCUCGAGGAGAUCGCACCUCGAAAACGCCCGUCUAGGACGGCCCCGAUCCCAGUUCCGAAGAUCGGACCGACCGAAAGCCUGCACGUGAUUAGCUUCGAUGGAUCGGCUCGCGUCAAACGCGAAGGAGGAGCAUUCAGUGCCGUGAUAUGGAAACUACCGAACAAUCCCAGUUCCGAAGAUCGGACAGACCGAAAGCCUGCACGUGAUUAG